AAUGACGUCUCCUGGGAACUGCGGGUUUGGGGGCGGUUCGCCUGCCAACCGCUCUGCGCAGGCGCUAUUUCCUUAGCGCGCAUGCGCAAAGUCGUGUGUUCUCCAGUCUGGGUUAGGGUGGGUUGAGCCUCCGUGGUCCCGCCCCAGAACCGGAAGUUCUCUCUGGACGCGGGGGCCUCCGAGGGCUCCCGGGGUUCCCUCGCGCUUCUCCGUGAGCAGUGCUCAGGGUUCGGCGGCGUCUUUGCUUCUGCAGAAAGCCGAGCCUUUGUUCCCAGUGGAAGCCCACCUUGCUCGGGGAGGCUCUCGCUGCGCCCAGGGCCGGGUAGGCCCACACAUGUCCUUGCCCUCCCCUCUCCUCCAGCCUAGAUGGGCGGGGUUUCCUCAUCUGUAAGGCGGAGAUAAGCCCUCUACCUGUCUCAGGGUUGUUGUGAGGACUGAGAUGACAGGAGUGUAUAAGGCGCAUAGAGUUGCUCAACUUAUAUUGCCUUCUGCCAUUAGAGGCCGAAAGGAUGUCUGAGAAGAAGCAGAUAGCUGCCAGAGCUUCCCUUAUUGAGCAACUGAUGUCUAAAAGGAAUUUUGAGGAUCUUGGCAACCCCCUUACUGAGCUAGAAUCUCUUUGUGUGACUAAGGAGCAUCUCCAGGAGACAGAGGUGGUCAGGGCCGUGUACACAGUCCUCAAGAACUGCCCCACGGUGCCUUUGAAAAAGAAAGCCAAAUGUUUGCUGUCCAAGUGGAAAGCUCUGUAUCAGGAUACUCACUGCAAACCCAGGGGUAGCCCUAAACUGUUCCCUUCAGGUGGAAAUCCAGAAGAAAAUCAAGGGCUUUCUCCUGACCUAAACCAGGAUGAGGUCCGGGGCCGCUCCAGCUCUAAUUCUCUGCAAGCAUCCCAAGACGUUGCAGUAGCCGCUGCAGUGUCCGUGCCGGAAAAUAGCCCUGGUGGAGUGGAGCCUGAGGCAGCGCGUGCUGGGGCUGGUGACGCUAAACCCGCCGACAAGAGAGCGGGCGAGCUGCCAGCUCCCGUGGUGCCCGUCAGAGCUAAAUGCACCGAGCUGCUGUAUGAAGCUCUCGCUCGUUUUCCCGCAGAUCCGCCCAGAGCCGAUCUGUGGCGCAGCUUUGCACAAGAAAUCGAAGAGCACCUUUUUACCCUUUACUCGAAGAACCUCAGAAAAUAUAAAGCUUGUGUGCGAAGCAAAGUGGCCAAUCUGAAGAACCCCCAAAACACUCACUUAAGACAAAACUUGCUCUCUGGGACCAUGUCCCCAAGAGAAUUUGCCGAAAUGACCAUCAUGGACAUGGCAAGCAAGGAACUGAAGCAGCUGAGAGCCUCCUACACAGAAGCUUGCAUACGAGAACAUUCCCUUCCCCAAGUGGUGGAGGGCACACAGACCAGGAACAUAAAAUGCAGACGCUGUGAGAAAUUCAACUGCAAAGUCACCGUGAUCUCCAGAGGGACUCUCUUCCUUCCCAGCUGGGUGCGGAACUCACAGCCAGAUGAGGAACAGAUGACCUAUGUCAUCUGUAGUGAAUGUGGGGAGCAGUGGUACCACAGCAAGUGGGUGUGCUUAUAGUUAUACGUAGGUGUUCUCUUAACAGAUAACUGGAGGGGUGCCUGUUUUUGUACCAGCCUUUUAUGCUUGUUCCUAAAAUCUUAUACACUAUUCUUAAAGCAAUCCUACAAAGAAGGAAAGAGAGUCAUUAGCUGAAGCUCACACGACUGUCACUAAAAGUUGAUAGUUUAGGGAGAGAGAGUGGGUGCCUGUUGCAUUGGCUCUUUUUUUUUAACAUUGCACCCUACAAUUUUAUUAUUAUUAUUUUAAUGGAGGUACUAGGAAUUGAACCCAGGACCUUGUGCAUGCUAAGCACGUGCUCUACCGCUGAGCUAUUACCCUCCCCCCUGCAUUGUACUUUGUGGCCAUUUAGUACUUAAGCUGCUCAGCAUAACCCUGGAGUCUGUUCGAAAUGCAGACUCUCAGGCCCCACAGUACAGAAUCCAAAUCUACAUCCACAUUUUGGCAGGAUCCCUGGGUGAUCCUCUUCAGGAUAUUUGGAAAGGUGCUUCCGCAGCAAUAGUUCUCAGCACUGGAUGCAUAUUAGCAUCAUCUGGGGAGUUUUGAAAACCCACGGAUGUGGAGGGCCCACCCUGGAACGGUUACAUCUGGAUCUAUGGGACGCAACCCAGGCAUCAGCAUUUCUGUCUUAAUUCCUCAAGCUAUAUUUAUUGAUUGACUGUGUAGUUAAUUUCCUCAAGAUAUUGUAAGAUGCAGCCGGAGUUGAGAACUGCUCAUCCACAGGCUGUCACAUGAUCCUUUCACACCUUUAAGAAAAGAAGGUUCUUCUGUACACUUCACAGUUGAGGAAAUAUCCACAGAGGUGCCAUGACUUGCCCAAGUGACACAACCAUACAUAGCCCAACUUGAACAGCUCCCAGAUUUUCUUCCUGGAAAUUCACCGUCCCAGACUGCUUCAAUAUUGACUUUAGAGAAACAGUCCUGGAGACAUGGGAUGAAAUGAACACUGUCUUUAGGCUCCAGCACUGGGGAAUGAGAGCUUUGUUAUUUUCUCCUUUCUUUUCCCUUCUCACUCUACAGGUCUCUCUUGAACCCUGAAAGGUAACCCUCUGACUAAUCCUACAGUUAGAAUUUUGUUUUGCAUCCUCUUGCUUAGUCAGAGGUGUUGUGUAUUUUUUUUUCCUUCAUGCAACUUCUCCAGGGUAUAAAGAUAGACUCUUUUUGUCGUUUGGCUUCUGAUGUUAGGGAGCCUUCCUGUUCUGAAGGCCUACAGAAGAGAAAAAAAAAAAACCCUAGGAUCUAUAGCUGAGACCCUGCAAAUAGGACCGACAAAAGACAGGUAAACAAGAGAAAAGUAGUUUAUUUAUACACGCAGCACACAUAGCUGCAGGAGAAAGUCAGUGAUGAGUAACUCAAAGAGAUGGUUAGAACUUGGGCUUCUGUAGCAUUUGAACAAACCAUAAUACAUUUGUAGAGAAGUAACAAGACAAAGGAAAAGGGCUUUAGGCUUUUGGGGGCAGCAAACUGUGGGAAGGUAAAUGAUGGGGGGAACGAAUGGAAGAUGAUGGUCAUUUAGUUAAGAUUUGUUUGUGUAGAUCCUUCUUGGAGCCAUUUUGCCUCCAGUGAUGCGGUGGUUCCCCUCUUCCUGGUGGGGAAUUCACAAGGGGAACUUAGGUUCUGCUCUCAGGCAGAUAAGGGGAGGGCAGAGAGCUCAUCCUGUGCUUGCCUUUUCUCAUUUACUUUCGGCUCAGAAUGAUCCUUGUGCCAGGACAGCAUAUUUUGAGGGGGGCAUCCUCAGAACCCCUUGAGGUCUGAAGUUCCAAUUUUGCUUUUGUAAAAAUAGGCAUUCAUCUGUCAGAGGAAGUCCAUUGCCUCGGCCUUUGAAUCUACCUACAUUUCUCUAACAAGUGAAGAGGAAAUUACUUCUUCCAGGCCUUUGUAAACAGUGUUUAACCAAUCUGUAUCAUGAUUAACUACAACAAGCCUAUGUGAUUACGGCUGAUUUUUUGUCUCUUUUAAAAAUGCAUAGAAGUUUAAUUUUUAGAGUUUUACCUAGUUUACUUGUGAGUUACCUACAAACCUACACAUUCUCACCCGUUCCUUUCUCCUCACUCUCCUAACUUCCUUUGUCAGAGUUCUGAAGGCCUAGCUGAAGGCACAGUUUGACUGUCUGAUGAUGGAAUUCCCCUAAAGGUGCAGAAAACUGAAAUACAUGUGCGUUUUCAAAUGGCUUUGAAGAAAUCUGCUUGAGGCCAUCAAGUGUGAAUUCUCUUUUGACGCCUUCAACCCCCAUGGCUUCCCAGGACUGGUGGUGUGAUGUCCCAGAGGGUCUUUUAAAGAAAGCCUUGCCAAGUCGUCUAAAACUUCAAGUUUCACAGAGGGCGGUUUCAUGUGACUCGGAAUGAUCUUGAAGCCUAUUCAGUGGUUAUGAAAGAGCACAGCACAUGAAAACCAUGUGUGAUUAGUUCAUGUCAGAGUUUGUUUUUUGGUUUGGGGGGUUUUUCGUGUGUGUUUUUAGGGGGGGGUUGGUAGUUUUUAUUUAUACUGGAAUUUUGCAAACCUACUUUUCAGACAAAUGAAAGCACUUGAGAUGGAAAUUUCUUUACUCUCCAAGAUAUAAAAAUCUGGGGAGUCUUCCUCAUUUCGUUUCAACUUUGUCAGUGACUUUCGCAACUGGAGAUCAGAAAACAGUCAUCUGGGUUUUUUCCUUUUAGUCAAUGAGAGAGCAUUACAUCAUCUCAGCAGAGAUCAUAAUUCUUUUACAUCCUAUGCUUUAUCUCCUAAAAAGAAAGGGUUUUUCUUUUAAAUUGCUUAUGGGGUAAAGGAGCUUUCAUUUAAUUUAAAAUCAUUUUUACGGGAGCAGCAAGUACAAAGGCCCCAGGAUGGGAGGGUUCCUGACAUAGACCAGGCACCGGAAGAUUCCACCGGAGCUGCUGUACAAUGGCAAGGGGCAGAAGGAUGAGAGGUGACUUCUAAGAGCCUUCUGGUUUGUGAGGGCCCCGGUUGGUCAUGGUCAGGACUUUGGGAUUUUUUCCAAGCUUGCUGGGAAGCCAUUGAAGCAAAGGGGUUGGUAGUGAUAAGAUUUGAAUGCCCUUGAGGAAGGGUCCCCCUGGCUGCCAUGUUAAGUUAGAUGGGGAGGGAAGCAAGGACAGUCACAGGGUCACCAGCUAGGUGGCCGGAGCAAUGGCCCAGAUGUCAAAAUGUCAUUUAACUGGCUUCAAACGAGUACACAAAGACUGGUCUCCCUGUGUCCUCAUAGUUGACAAAGUCCUUGGUGAUGGGAUUGAGGACACACUACCCCAAAGUCUGGCACUUUUGCACAGUAACUAUUUCAAGCUGAAGGAACUUGAGAAAUGGCAGGUGCUAGAAGGACUCUCUGACCUUCCCCUCAGGCAGGUCGUAAGACCCUUGAGUGAGAGGUGCCCUCCCCACACUGGAGGAAGGGAGCAUCCUUAUCUGUACAGAUGAGGGACGCUGGGGGGCAUCUGAACACAGAAGCAUUGCUGGGUCUCCCUCAGUUGACCGUUAGCUCAUGCACUUUGUCCUUUCACAUUUCCCCACGACUUCCCACUCUUCCUCAAACCUAGUAUAAAAACACUCCCGUGUAACUGUUUCUUUGGGUCUUCAUUUCCUUAUGAAGGCUCCCAGGUCACAUAAAACUAAAUAUAUUAAGUACACAUGUUUGCUUUCUUCUUGUCAAUCUGUCUUUUGUUAUUGGAGCCCCAGCCAGGAACCUCGAUGGUGAGAGGAAAAAAGAUUUUUUUCCUUCCCUUCAUUGACAGUUUUGCCAAUGAUUGUUUCAUACAAUCAACCCUGAAUUCCCAACCCAAGACUCAUAAGAAAAAACAACAAACAGCACAGAAAUUCAGCACAAGUAGAGCCUACAUCCUGGUUGCCAUGGUUACGGGGUGAUAACUGCACAGGGCAUAAGCAUCAGUUGUUAUACCUGAAUGUUGAAGGACUCUCUUCACGGAACUUCGCACAUCACUCUCCUUUUCUCCAUGUUACUUUUUUUGAGAUAGAAAGUGAGAUACAAUUGCAGCUCUGUCUCUUCUCUGAGCACUUCCUGUGAUGAGAGGUUCCUUUCAUUCCCUAGUACCAUUUCUAAACACCAGUCAGGAAGCCUGCAGCUGGCAGCGCUCCACUGCCUUUGCGAGGGCUGGGCCUUCGUCUUUUAGGUCAGAUUGCUUUGUUAUUUAUAACUUCCCAGUAAACGCAAAGUAUUUUACUGAAAUAUUUUUAUAUCCCUCAUCAGUAUUUACUGUAAGUACCUAGAUUAUAAAAGGUGCCUUCUCGCUUUCAGAAGAGCCCACAAUCUGAAGGAAGAACCAAUGACAACUUCAUAUAAUCCCAUUUGCAUUGUUAUUUAAAAUUAGAUUUCCAGACAUGUUACUGUGCUUUCAGAAAUGCUCAUCAGUCAUGAUUGCACAUCACUUUAUACUUUGCCAGGUGCGGAGGGCGAAGAGGUGAGCAUGAUGCCUGAUGCCUGAUGCCUGAUGCCUGACCUGGGAGGGCCAGGGAGGGCUUUACAAAGGCUGCAACCCUUAGGGUAAAUCUUGAGAUGAAGUUAGCCAGGCAGAGGAAGUGGGAACCUGAUUUGCUAAAUUCCUAGCACUUUAUGUACAGCAUCUCAUUUAAUCUUCAUAAGUACCCUGCCAGCAUUUUAGAGAUGAGAAUACAGGCUGCGAGAGAUUGUUACUUGCCCAAGGGUACACAAAGACAAAGCCAGGACUGUUCCUAAUAAACAGGUGGGGUUUGGGUUUUUUGCACAUAACUUUGCUUCCAGAAAUGUCCCAGCUUCCUGUUAAUUCCACACAAAGUACAACUGGUUUUCAAUUGUGGUUUUUUUUUCAGUGACAGGAGCGUGUGGUUUACAGAGUCCACCUUAGCACAGUGCUGUGCACUCCUCCCGCCGUGGAGAGACCAGCCAGGAACACUUGGCAGGGGUUGCCGGCUCUCCUGAUGCAGGGGAAACUUCCUGAUCCUUCUUGUGGCACCCAUGUGAUUUGUCUAGUUUUCUAAAAAGUAAGUGAUUUUUUAAAUACUUGAAUUUUAAAAACCGAAAACAUGUAAUUUUAAAGGGACAUUUAUAUAUUCUAUGUUUUUUAUGAAUGUGACAACUGUAAGUGUAUAAAUGCAGGGGGGUUUUUUUUGAGUAAAGGUAGAUUGAUUUAGAGGAAUACAUACUGCAUAGUGUGUAAGCUGUUUCGAAAGGCCAGAGAAAGGCCACGAGGUGUGAGGGUUAGGUGCUCAGGUUAAAGUAAAAGUAGGUACACGCUCCAUAGACAGAGUGCGGGCCAUUGAAGAGGAGGAAGAGAGAGAGGCGGCUUAUGGGUGCGGUUUAAAAUACCAUUUCCUAUCAAAUAUAGCGGCCUUUACGUUUUCAUCCUCUUCCUCUAUGAGCUAGGGGAGAGUAUGUAACACAGAUAAUAAUCAAUUGUGAGGAAAUAGCCAAGCUGUCUUGUACCCGUUGUUAAAUUAUCACAGACGUCCUUGGAAGACAGUGAAACAAAAUAGAAUUAAAAUAAAUUUGUUGGACAUAUUCUUGCUUUUUUUUU